ACAUGGCUCUGGGCAGGUCACUCUGGGGGAGAUGAUCUCACCCAGCAACCCCUGUUAUGGCUGGGGUGGGAUAGGGAAGGGUAGGCAUUGGUGAUCCCAUGCUUAGCAAGUCCUGUGCCUCAGCUUCUCUGGGAUAAAAGGGAGGAGACAGGGCAGGAUACGGUUUUUGGGACCAAAGCCAUCAAGAGCUGCCACGGCACCAUCUCCGAAUGGGACACCCACGAGAAGCCCUGUCCUGAUUCACCCUCCUGGUUCCCCCACAAGCCCCUCCUCUCCUUCCAGCCCCUCUGCCGCCAUGGUGGGUCUGAAGGCGCCUGAGGUGCCCCCGACGGCCGCCAUGAAGUUCAUCAGCGCAGGGAUGGCCGGCUGCAUCGCUGACCUGUGCACCUUUCCCCUGGACACCGCCAAAGUGCGGCUGCAGAUCCAGGGCGAGGUGAGGAUCCCCUGGACCACGGGCUCUGUGGAGUACCGGGGUGUUUUGGGGACGCUGAGCACCAUGGUGAGGACGGAGGGAGCCCGCAGCCUCUACAGCGGGCUCGCAGCAGGGCUGCAGCGCCAGAUGAGCUUCGCUUCCAUCCGCAUCGGCCUGUACGACUCUGUGAAGCAGCUCUACACCCCCAAGGGUGCUGAGAACACAGGCAUGGCUGCGAGGCUCCUGGCUGGCUGCACCACGGGGGCUGUGGCUGUGGCCUGUGCCCAGCCCACCGACGUGGUCAAGGUCCGGUUCCAGGCCAGUGGGGCCCUGUCAGACAGUGCCCGCCGGUACAGUGGCACCGUGGACGCCUAUUGCACCAUCGCCAGGGAGGAGGGGAUCCGCGGGCUCUGGAGAGGGACGCUGCCCAACAUCGCUCGCAAUGCCAUCAUCAACUGCGGGGAGCUCGUCACCUAUGACCUCCUCAAGGACGCGCUGCUGCGGGCACAGCUCAUGACAGACAAUGUCCCGUGCCACUUUGUGGCCGCCUUUGGGGCCGGGUUCUGUGCCACAGUGGUGGCAUCACCGGUGGACGUGGUGAAGACACGGUACAUGAACGCCAGCCCCGGGCAGUACCGCAAUGCCCUGAGCUGCCUCCUGGCCCUGCUUAUGCAGGAUGGCCCCGCCGGCCUCUACAAGGGCUUCGUCCCGUCCUUCCUGCGGCUGGGCUCCUGGAACGUGGUGAUGUUUGUGUCAUACGAGCAGCUGCAGCGUGCCAUGGCGCUGGCACGGCCGGCCCUGGCCUGAGCCCCUCGGCGCCUCUCGCCAGCCCAGCGAGGAUCAGCAUCAAUUAUAUUAAUUGCCAAAGCGCCGGGGAGCAGCGAAGCCGCACGCUCGGGGAGGGACCAGAGAGACAGAAGGAGGAAAGGAUGCUGUUUGAGGAGAAACAUGGCAGAAUGGAGGUUUUCAGAGAAGAGUUUUAAAGGAUGAAGGAAAAAAUGUUUGUUGGCUUUCCACCUGGGAAGAACUUCCCAAGGGCAGUGGUGUAGGCAGGCAGGACCAAGCUGAGGGCCAGAGAAUUCCUGUUAUUCCUUACUGGCGCUUCCAUUAAACCGCCCCUAUGGGGUCUGAUCACAGCGUGGCUCAGGGUUUCUUUACAUUUUUGGGGUGUUAGGGUCAUUGUCCCAGCUCUACAUGUGACACCAGUCAAGCUGACAUUCUCUAUCAUUUUUGGUGCACUGAACAAUUUCCCAGUGAUCUCUAAUUAUCCAGGUCUGUCACAAUCACGAAUAGCAGCUCCACCUUUUGCCCUGCUCAGGCAGCAGAUCCUUGACCCACGUCAAUCAUUCUAAAGCCUCAAAUGGUCCCUUUAUAGGAGAGUGAAAAGGUACAUCCUAUGCAGGAGAGGAUGCAGAAUUCCCUUUUCCUGCUUUUCCAGCAUAAAAGCUGGUAAUUGUUUUCUUCCCACGGGUAACUUGCAGGAACAAGAUUGCCUCUCCACCUGUAGCAUCCCCAUUUGUUGCAGACACUAGUUCUAUUUCAAAGACUCCCAUCAGAAAAUUGAUUACUGUUAUAAGAAGCAAAUUCCCAAGGCGGUUUUUACUCCAGUGAUGGCUGGAAGGAGCGAGUGGUGCCUGCAGGUGAGCAGCCAGAGGGGAGGGAUGGAUCCACAGAGGGACCUUUGUGUGUGGCCUUUCAGCACUGACACAUGGGACCCGACUGCUGUGUGGGACGAGUUUAUCCCGGGACUUGAGGCUCUCUGGGAUCAUGUUUCAUGGAAUAAAGCUUGUGCCGCGUUCCCAGCUGCGAUUAAAA